AACUUAAAUUCACAUAGAAGCGUCUAAUUGUGGUAGUUAUUAAUUUCAUUGUAGGGUUAAAGGUUGCAGUAGAGUGGUCAUGGAUCGGCCCAGUGCUUCGGCACGUCCUAUGAUAGUUUCUGAUCUUGAUCAUACAAUGGUUGAUCAUCAUGAUGUUGAGAAUGUAUCUCUACUCUGCUGCUCCGUAUAUCAUGCCCAGGAUCCAUCUGCUGUAACUGUCCAUCCAUCUACUGUCGAGAAAAAUCUACCUGAACGCAUACAUAAAUUCAAAGGGUGGUAUGGAGACAAGCAGAGAAAAGUGUUUCGGGUUUGGGUGGAUCAUGGAUUAUCUAUACAGAUUGGUUCAAGCACAUGGCUGGUGAAUUUCGAUAAGUGGGAGCAGUGUGGUAAUGUGCGGUGCUAUUGUGCAACCACCGGAAAGAUUAGUGCUAAGGAGGGCAAUGGUUCACAUGGGCUCACCUAGAUGCAUGUACAAUAGACGUGGCUGCAAGGAACGAAAAUGAAAGACCUUUCAACCUGGCUUUUCUAGAUUGAUAUCAGAUGCUGUGCUUGACCUUUCCAGUUCCAAGGGUUAAAGGUUGCAGUAGAGUGGUCAUGGAUUGGCUCAGUGCUUCUGCACGUCCUAUGAUAGUUUCUGAUCUUGAUCAUACAAUGGAUCCAUCUGCUGUAACUGUCUGUCCUACUGGUGUUGAGAAACCUCUACAUGAACGCAUAUAUGAAUUGAAAGGGUGGUAUGGAGACAAGCAGGGAAAAAGGUUUCGGGUUUGGGUGGAUUGUGUAUUAUCUACACAGACUGGUUCAAGC